AUGGACGUCUUCAGCCGGUUGCCACCUGAAAUGCUUGAUAUGGUGUUAAAAAAUUUGAUGGCACGAGAUCUAGCGUCGAUGAGUCUUGUUUGCAAAUCUAUUCGUUCAAUGGUCACACGACGGUUAUGGAAGUUCCUCGCUAUCCGCACCAAAGAUCCGUCUUAUAAGUACUACAUACCCGAUCCAGCAUACCCGUCAGAGGCACUAGAACACGUAUUGCAUCUCCACUUCCGAUCCGAUUGGGAACAGUUCCUCAAAAACAACAUUGAAAAUAACCGAUGCAUACACGAACAAAGGCGACGCAAUAUCAUGACGGGGGCCGAUAUUGAAGAUGUUGACCCUCCGGACUCCUUAGACCAUGGUUCCACCACCGAAGACGAAGAGUGUGGCAAGUUGAUCACGGGCAUUCACUCUGACUGGCGUUUCAAAUUUCUGGGUCAGCGUGCAAAAGAGAUAUUGGCCACGAUAGAAUCUGGUCAAUUGCAGAGCUUCGCGUGGGACUUCGGGGUAUGUGUGCCGGACGACUUGCUGGGGACGGACGGCGAAAUCACGAAAAAUCAGCGAAGCAUUCGGUCUCUUAGUUUGAUAACAGAUUGUUACUGCCAGUGCUUGGGGGACGAAAGUAGCAAGGUAAACUUUACUAAAUUUGAGAAUCUGAGAGGUUUGCGAUGGAAGGCACCAAGGGUUAACGACCUCGCAUCGAUUUUUGAGGCCAUACGAGCAAACGCUGGCAGGCUGGAGAGUCUUGAACUGGAUUUUGUUAGUUGGCGUUACAUGGAAGGUAUUCUAUGUCUUUAUCUGGGGAAAAGGGAUUCCCUUGACAUGGAGCUUGAGAAGUAUUUUACGGCGCAUCUCACGUCCGCAAUACCCGACAGCGGAUCAAGAUUCCAGUCACUGAGGAACCUUUCCCUCUCCCACAUUCCUCUCACGGCAGCAGCCGGUGAAGUCUUCAAUUUCGACACGUUACGGUCUAUCACACUGAGAGAUUGUCCGGGCUGGUCUGCUUUUCUGCAUGUCGGCCUGAAACCCGGCGACUUACUGCACUUGACCACUCUAGAGGUGAAACAGAUUGAAAUGGACUGGGCCAGUGGUCUAGUGGGAUGGCGAGCGGACCUAGGAGAUAUUCUUGGACGUAUCAAAGGCUUAGAGGAGCUUUUUGUAUGUUUCCCUCGGGAUCACCCAGAUGUGGACAUUUGGAGUGGCAUUGCUCGCCACAAGGCCACUUUGAGGCGUCUCAGCGUCCAUUCCCGAAUAGGUUCCGAAAGAGAGGGCUUCUUCGAUGAUAUGUACCUAGGCAUACUCGACCACGAAUAUUGUGAUCUCGAUCAAAAUCCCCAAAGUCCCGCACACCCUCUGGCGGGCCUCGCACUGGAAUGUCUCGGUCUGUCUUGCUCGCCGGAUUACUUUAAAAUAUUACUAAGCCCACUGCUUUCUAGUCCUAUCCAAGUCAUCCACAUCCGCCAAUCUCUAUCGACUUACCAUGCUCAUAGUUUAUGGCCUGUACAUCGCACGGACUCGAAUCGCCCUCUAUCAGACGAUCUUCGUCUCUUUGCUAACUGGGCUUUUGGACCGGAAGGGUUGAAGUCAUUAAAGGUUAUCUUUUUUGGGGACGCUUCGUUUGGCGCGACGGUGCAAGAUCAGGUUGUCAUACUCCAGCGCGAUGAAACGAUGCCGCAUGCGUACAGAGCAAUACGGGACUAUAAGGGUAGGAGCGCCCUGAGGAGCCAUGAAUUUUUGCGGCGUUUUUGUGACUUUCUGGAAGCGUGCCCAAGCAAAGCUUUCUUCGAGGCGUGA